AACUAAAGAUUAUCGUACUCAAGCGAUGUCAUUGUAUUUACAAUCGACUACUCGUGAGCAAGAAAUACUUGCAGAUGGAAUUAAAAAUAUUAUUGUAGGUUUUCCGAAAGAAGAAAAUAAUGAAAUAAUGAUUGAUGAUGCUGAAGACGAUGCAGGUAGAGCGAGUCGAGGGCGAACUCAACGAACAAGAAGAAAUCGUUGCCCCGACUCUCACUCGAUCGUUGGGCGAGGAUUUCUCGCUCCAACUAUAAUUAAUGAAACACAAACAAAAUUAACCGAGGAAGAACAUCAACUUUUAAAAUUAGGUCCUCGGUUUAUUUAUAAUGACCCUAAAACAGCAUCACGACGACGUGCAACUGAGUUGGCUAUUCUUAAACGUAAAAUUGAAGCUAGAUUUUUCGAGAAAAAAGUUAGCCCCGGCCGAUCAGUCGAAAAAUUUAUUGCUGAACUAAAUAUUAUACUUCAAAAUUUACAUAAUACACCUAUUGGUAGUAUAUAUCGAAAACAGAAACAACAACAUAAAAUUAUUUCAUAUAAUAAUGUAUUAAAAACUAUUCAAUCAAGUCAAUCUCAUAUGACUAAUCCUACAGUUAUACAUAAAAAGAAGAAGAAUUAUGUUAGAUUAGUCAAACGUUUGAAACAUAAAAUUCGUUCGGCCAAUAUAGUUCUUCAAAAAACAGAUAAAUCAAAAGUUUUUCAUUUAGGUAAACUUCAGCAUUAUCAAGAGAAAUCCAAUGAAUAUAUGGAUAAAACCGAAGCUUAUGAAUGUCUAGGUGUAAAUGAUCCAUUGCCAAAUUUAAUUGAACGGACAAAUAAAUAUCUUUUAGAUUUAGGGUUAGCUAAUUGGAUUUCACAAAAACAAUACGAACGAUUAUGUAUUAAACCUAGUGAAGUUAAAUUAGCCCAUUUAUACUAUUUACCUAAAACUCAUAAACCUGGUACGCCGCUUCGUCCAAUUGUUUCUGGUCUUAAACAUCCGACUAUUAAAAUAUCAAAAUAUCUCGAUGAACUACUUCGACCACUAUUUGAUAAAAUGGCAUUAAAUACAACUGUUACUUCUGGAUUUGAAGUAAUUAAAAAAUUAUAUGAAUGGUCGGCACAUAAUCUACGUCAAGAAACUCUAUUAUGUACUAUAGAUGUGGUAGAUCUUUAUACAAUGAUACCACAGACAGAAGGUGUACUGGCAAUCAAAAAAAUGUUGGAUUAUCUAAAAAUUAAACAAAUUGGCGGUUUAAAAAUUGAAACAAUAAUUAGACUAAGUCGAUUCGUUGUAAAAAACAAUUACUUUUCCUACGACGGUCGAUAUUAUCAUCAAAUUCGUGGUGGUGCUAUGGGUUCGCCAUUGACCCUUACUAUUGCUAAUUGUUAUAUGUUCUUUUUUGAAAGAGAUAUCGUUAAGCAAAUUAUUAAUGGUGGCGGUUCUUAUUUAAGAUAUAUUGAUGAUAUAUUCAUUAUCAUCAACUGGCCUAUUCGACAUCUAUAUAAACAAAUUGAUCGAUGGAAUCUUUUUGACUUGAAUAUUCAGUUAAAAGUCCAAGCUGGCUGUUCAAUAGAUUUUCUCGAUUUAUCUGUAGAAAAUGUCAAUGGUCAUCUACUAACAAAAGUAUAUCAUAAACCAUCCCACGAACCAUAUUAUUUACCAUUCAAUAGCGUUCAUCCUAUGCAUAUGAAAAAGAAUAUUCCAUUCGCUAUGUUACUUCGAGCGAUUAGAUAUUGUUCAACAUUCAAAGCAUUUUUAAAUGAACGUGAAGAUUUAAGAAUGGCUUUAUUAUUAAACAAAUAUCCAUGUGUUUUUAUAGAUAAACAUUUUAAUCGUGUCUUACAAAAGUUCAAUAUCAAUCAGCCAUUGACUAAUAAUAAUUAUAGUGCGAUACGUGAAAAGAUUAUUCAUGCGCCAAAAACAAAAAAAUUAACCAUUGAUUAUCAAAAGACAAUGUUCAUCCAUUUCACUUAUUGUUUAAAUAUGAGAACAUUACCAACAAAGUUUCAUAAUCUUUGGAACAAGUACUUUAUCGAAUCUCCGAUUAAUGAAAUUAUACCGAUUAUUGGUACUCGAAAUGUACUCAACUUGCAAAGGCAAUUGGUGCAAAAUAAAAAACAAAACUGA